AUGGAACACCUUGUUACUUUCUGCUGCAAUCCGAUAUUUACGACAUCAUGUCUGAAGGAUUGGGAGAAGUUCGGCAGGAAGAAUUUUCUAACAAAAUGCAAAGAAGGUGGAAUGGUUGCAUCUGUCAAAUUGUUCACGGAUUUGGUAUUGAAGUUGAUAAAUGGAGAAGGGAAAAUUGAUAUACUUGCCAAAUUAGUUCCUGAGUUAUUUAAAAUAUUUGGUGGUAAUGGAUCCUUUGAAUCCAACCUGUUAGAUUCCCUUUGGUUAAUUGACUCGUCAAUUGCUGAUAUUAACUCAGAAUCUGUUCGAGAUCGUUUCUAUCGGUUAAUAGAAAUUCUGAAGAAUCAUGUGAAUCCUGCUUUGAUUAUGGAGAGGUUUUGUGAAGAAACCUUGGAAAACCUGUCAUUCAUUCAAUCGAAACAACAGUUCCAAACGCGUUAUGUUCGCACUAAAACGCGUUUAUUUUUCAAACAACAAAAAUUUAAUUUGCUACGUGAAGAAAAUGAAGGCUAUGCCAAGCUGAUCACAGAAUUAUGUCAAAUAAAGUCAACUGCGUCGAUGGAAGCCGUAAUGGUUCAGAUUCGGUCAUUAAUUGGUUAUUUUGAUUUGGAUCCAAAUCGCGUCCUGGACCUGAUAUUAGAUGUUUGUGAGUUCCGUGGUGAUAUGUACGAGGAAUUUGUCCAGUUGAUACGACUUUACAACCCUGAUAGAAUAGAUAUGACUAAUAUAUUGGGACACAAAUAUCAUUUUACACAAGAACCCGGUGUCAAUACACCAGAGUCAUUGUACAAAGUUUCAGCAUUUUUAAUUUGGAAAAAGUUAAUUGACUUGGAUGUAUUAUACGGACACUUAACUCCAUCCGAUGCGGAUAUUCAGCAAUCUCAUAAUCGUCAAAUUAACUUGGCUAAAUCCUAUCGACCACAACCUCCGGCAAGUUUAUCUUAUUCAGCAACUUCUGCGAUCAAUACCUCGUUAAAUACUGCAAUCAGCAGUGAUUUAAUUCGUGUUGAUGGUCUAUUAAGCCAGGAUUCUCAACUUGGUGGCAGUGGUACUAUUUCUGUUUCUGGGACAUUGAUGACGAACGAUUGGACUGGUCCUAGGACGUCGGGAGCGCUAAGUUCUCGCUCUGCAGAAGAGCUAAUGCAAUUGGAGGAGAAUCCCGAUGUAAAUUUAAGUAAAACGAACUCACAUGAUGUUGGUGAAGUUGGUAUGAUAGAUAUAAGUAUUGAUCAAGAUGGAUUGUAUGAAAAUAACCAAAAAUUGGAGUUAUGUGCUGCCAUGGUUCGUUUAGGCGAUUGGACAAAUGCUCAACGUCUGUUAGAACGCCUACCUGGUUACUGGGCAACUACAUAUGAACCUUUAACACGAGACAUAUGCAAUUUGUUGCAUUGUUUAAUUGAACCUUUGUACAAUAAAGCUUGCCCUUUACCUGCCUGUCUACAACGUAAUCGUUUUCGACCGAAAAUCGAGUCAUUCAAAGCACUAAAUGCAUCUAUUAAUGUACAUGUUAUUGAUGAGAAAUCGUCUGUUGAUUGUGAAAUACAUGAAGACAAACGGACCAUUAGAAAUAAUAAUAAUAAUAAUAACAAUAAUAAUAAUUGUAUUCUAUUAUCACCUGUUCAUGAUUUUGCUGGCCUUGCCAAGUAUGUAAUACCGAUAGCAAUUUAUUUAGGCCCGCAUAUGUCAUAUGAUUUAAUAUUAAUGGUGAAGUUUUGUCGUCUUGGUCAAAUAUAUCUUUCUGAACAACAACAAAACCUUCGGUCUGACAAGAUUGGAAUUGUUUAUCAAGGAUUUUUUAAUUUAUUAGAUGAAGUGCUUCUUCCGUCGUUGAGUUUGGUUGAUGCUAAUUGUUGUUUGGCUGAAGAGAUUUGGCAAAUGUUACGAUUUUUGCCUUAUGAACAUCGAUAUCGGUUAUAUGGACAAUGGAAACAUUUCAACGUUCAAACUGAACCUAGCCUAAUACGUCGGCGGGCUCAAGUAAUGUGCUAUGCUAAGGCGAUUAUGAAACGAUUGAGCAAGGAAAACGUUAAACCAAUGGGUAGGCAUCUUGGAAAAUUGUCACACAGUAAUCCAGGUUUAUUAUUUGAUCACGUCUUACAUACAGUUCAACUGUUUACAAAUCUUAUAAAUCCUGUUGUUGAAGCAUUGAAAUAUGUUAGCAGUUUAGGUUAUGAUAUGCUAACUUUUUGUAUUAUUGAAGCACUUGCCACAGAUCAAUCGAAACUGGAAGAUUUACAAUUGAGUCAAGGUUUACAAGCAUUGUCGUUGUUUACUGGAUUGUUGUGCAGAAAGUAUCAAUUCGAUUUGGCUGGUUUGUUACAAUAUGUACUGAAUCAAUUAAAAGUUGGUAAAAGUUAUGAUUUGGCAAUAUUACGUGAAAUUCUCCAUCGUAUGUCUGGUAUCGAUAUAUCGGAAGAAAUGACGGAAGAACAAUUAGAAUCCAUGUCAGGUGGUGAAUUACUAUUGCAAGAAGGUGGCUAUUAUGCACAGAUACGUAACACACGUCGUAAUGCUGGACGUCUUAAAGAUGCCUUGGUUGAGCAUAAUUUGAUCAUGCCAUUUAUUUUUUUAAUGGCUCAACAGCGUGAUGCUAUCAUAUUUCUAGAUGAUCCAGAACGUCACUGUAAAUUAGCUGGGCGUUUAUAUGAUCAGUGUCAAGGUACUCUUGUACAGUUCAUAACAUUUCUUAGUCUUCAAUUAACUCGUGAUGAAAUGCAAACUCAGUGCUUAAAUAUUGACAGAAUGAUGGGUGAAUUUCAUGUUCCAGCUGAUACUGCUUUUUGUUUACAUCGUAAUAUGUUUGAACAAAAAGUUGCUCGUUUAUUUGAAAGCAAAGAACAAGCAGAAAUAAUGAAAUCUGGUGAAAAAUCAAAAUCAUUCAGCAAGACGAUUUUCUCAGCUGCUUCUUUACAUGUUUGCAAUGAAAUAGCUGCAGCUAUACGUCCAUUAUACCCAGCUCGUGUAUGGGAUGAAUUAGGCAUUGUGUUCUUUAUCACAUUUUGGAGUUUACAGUCAAGUGAUUUAGUUGUCCCCGAAUCCGCCUAUCAACGACAAAUACAACAAUUAAAAGUGCAGAUUCAACAAAUUGAUACGCCGGCUAGUGGAUGGAAUUCAACAAAAAAGAAACGUGAAAUAGAACGUUUAGAAAAUUUAAUUGAACGUCUAACCAAUGAACAAGCUGAACGGGAAGAACAUGUAACACGUGUACGUGCUUGGCUUAUGACUGAACGUGAUAAUUGGUUUCAAACACGAUUAGCUACAAAAACUGAUACUAUUACACAAUUCUUACAAUUAUGCAUAUAUCCUAGAGUGUGUUUCACCGCAACUGAUGCUAUCUAUGCGGCACAAUUUAUGCACGUUUUGCAUCAAUUAAAGACUGCACGAUUCUCUACGCUGAUUUGUUUGGAUCGAAUUUUUAAUGAUAUAACGUUGCCAACCAGUAUGUGUACAGAAAAUGAAGCGCAUCGUUACGGUCGAUUUUUAUGUGCAGUCUUAGAACUUGUGAUGCGUUGGCAUGCCAGUGAAGAAGUGUUCAAUCAAGAAUGUGGUCAAUAUCCUGGUUUUGUUACUGUCUUCAGAAAGACAUAUCAAGGUUUAGAUGCAAAUACUAAACCAGACCAAUUGCAGUAUGAGAAUUAUCGUCAUGUUGUACAUAAAUGGCAUUAUCGUAUUACAAAAGCAAUUGUUGCUUGUCUAGAAUCUGGUAUUUAUGUUCAAAUUCGCAACGCAUUAAUUGUAUUAACACGAAUUCUACCUCAAUAUCCGAAAAUCACACAGUUCGGAAGUGCUGUUGAACGACGUGUAAAUAAACUAAAAGAUGAGGAGAAAGAUCGACGUCCUGAUUUAAAGGCUUUAGCAUUCAGUUAUGCUGGCCUGAUGCGUCCACGUAAAGUUAAAUGGGUUAGUGAGGAAGAAUUUCAUUUGAAAGAAACUAAACCAAUUCGCUCAGAGACGAAUACAAAUUAUUCAAGUAAUCAUCAAAGCAUCAACAGUGUUGGUAACACUAAUCGUACUGUAUCAAAUCCUGACAAUACUUCCGGAACUACUGUCAACUCAACUAGUUACGGUCAUAAUCCACGUGGACAUUCCGGUUCAAAUCAAUUAACCAGUUUUUCGAAUCCGCCUUCAAAUGUAAACAACACUAGUGGUGGUAUCACCAAUACUAAUACCAGUAGUAGUGGUAGUGGAGGCAACAACACAAUUUUUGUUACUAGCAUCAGUAAUUCAUCUAGUAGUUCUGCGACAUUUGAACCUCCACAUAUUUCAGUAUCGGUUCGACGUACUUCAACACAACAACCAACAUCAAAUCAAACUAGUAAAAUCUCAUCCAACUCAACUGUGGCUCCAAGCGGUAGUGUUCUGGAAACACGGUCACGACCUCAAACAGUGAAUACGUCUAUAACAGCCGUAGAGUCUUCGAAAUGCAACCCUUCUGGUCAACUAUCCGGGUCUGUGUCACUGUCCUCGGUAACAGCUGUAAGCAAUUCUAUUAGUUCGAAUAAUUUGAGCAAUAAUUCACCUUCCAUUCCAACAACUACCCAAAGUAAAUUACGAUCUAGUCAACGUUUUGAGUCAUCUCUACCACCUCCAGACGAUGAUGUUGCUUCUGUACCGGGACCACAAUCACAUUCAUCGAAACGACGCAGAAUGGAAGCGGCCAGCGCGAAUUUGACUAGUCCUAAUGGGUGCAUUUUAGGUGUGACAACAUCCAAGGCAUCAAUAAACACAGUUGACGAACCACGUGAGUCACAUAAAUCUUCCACACGUAAACGUUCAACUCCCACAACUAUUCCAGGAAGUGCACCGAUCACUCCAGAAACUGCUAUACAAAAUUUACGCUACACAAAUGCCGGUAUAGUUUCCAACACUGUUCCUAGUGUUAAUUCUUGCAGCAGCGGUAGUAGUGGUACUGGUAGUCGUUCAACAACAAGUCCUGGUGAAAAUAUUUAUCCUGUUAAUUCUUCUCUACGUCAUCAUCAUCAUCAUCAAUCUAGACAGUCGAGUCAUCAAAGAGCAUCAUCGGGUAAUUCUACUGAAAGUAGAGAACCAAGCUUAGAAAAUGAACGAAAUUUAAUUGCUUCCAGUUCAGCAGGUUUAGUAAAGAAAACAAAGAAAGCUCAUCAUCACCACCACCAUCAACGUUCGUCAUUAGAUUCAAUGAAUAUGGAAUCUAAUCUUGACAAUAAUAUUAAUAAUAAUCCGGGUUCUAUUACUAUAUAUUCAACUUCAGAAUCACAAGGAUCAUCUCGACAUUCACGUAGAUAG